AUGGCGGAGGCGUGGAUAACUCACCUCGACUAUGAAGAUCGUAGUCUUGGUUGGGUUGAGAGCGAGGAUCCUUAUUUUAGGAUGACUCGUGAUGUUGCUCCUAAAAUUGGUUUUCAGAAACCUUCACUGAUUGAAUCAAAAAAUUUCCCUGCGCUUCAGGGAGAGAACACUAAAAUGUCAGCCAGUGACCCGAAUUCUGCAAUAUAUGUGACAGAUAGUUCUAAUCAAAUAAAGGAAAAGGUGAAUAAUUUUGCUUUCUCAGGUGGCAGGGAGUCCACAGCGCUUGAGAGGGAAUAUGGUGCCAACAUUGAUGUGGAUGUCCCAAUCAAAUACCUAAACUUCUUCCUUGAAGACGAUGAUGAGCUUGAGCACAUAAAGAAGGAGUACAAGGAAGGAAGGAUGCUAACUGGUGAAGUGAAGCAACGGCUGAUUGCAGUUCUAUCUGAGCUGGUUGUCAAACAUCAGAGAGCUAGAGCUCAAGUGACUGAGGAGAUGGCUGAUACAUUCAUGGCAGUAAGACCUCUUCCCAACAUGUUUGGCUAA